CGGAACACACCUGUCGCACAUAUCAAUACAUUUCAGCCUCGUUAUGAAUUUCAAAAUGGCUGCGCCCAUGCAAAGUUUGCGGCCGUCAAAACAGGUUGCAUUCAAGAUUAAUGGGCAUCAAACAGAUAUUUCAUGCACAGACUUUCAGAACAGAUUGUUUCUUGUUAUCACACAGUUACAGAAAAUCGGCACUUUGAUCCAUCUUUCCAAGGAUGUGGUGAUGGAGCAGGGUCCCACCCAUGUGUACACAACCAAAGUGCUGCUAGGAAAGGAUGAGGAACAUUUAAAUCUCCUUGCCAGGCGACUUGCAGAGAGGAUCCCUAUAAACAAACCAAUCCUGCUUUCCUUAGCACUUAAAGACACUUCAAUCAUCACACUAAAAGCUAUAGAACAACUCAUUGUAGACAAUCAAAUGUGGGAAGUCAGGUGAUAGCUGCUUAGCUUAGCUUGGUGUCAGCCAAUGGUAGAGUGCUACUUCAAAAGGAGUUGGAUGUAACAUAGGACUUCUAUCCAUAUUUCCAAAAAUCCAAAACAUCCUGUCAGUAAAGGCAUUGCUUAUUACUUGCAGUGGAGAGGGGCCUUAGAAAGAGGGCAGGGCAGAUAAGACCAAUGAGAUUGCAAAAAUUGUCAGCAGUAGAAGUACCAUAUUGUUGUGGUAGGGAUGACUGAUCUUGUGUGGACUUGGCCAUGUGUAAAAAUCUCAAUACACACAACUGUCAGUGGUCAUAAUAGUCAUGCUACCUGUAUGUAGAAACUACAUAGAAUCAGGUUAUCGUCAAUAGUAAACAAGAGACACUCCUUACAGGUCCCCGAAGGCUAUCUGGGAUUUUUGAGCCAAAUCAAAUUUUCCUGGCAAAAAAGUAAUUUUCUCCUGCUCCCAAAUCAAAUCUCUAUCCAUCCCUGCACUUGGGUUCAUGUUUUAGGCCACAAUUUGAAUGUUUGGCCAGACAUCAAUACUCUCAUGCCUGCCUAAACAUUUUAGGAAGUAUUGUAACCAGAUACUUCUGUAAGAGGGGUUUUAUUGUUUUUAAGAUCUGAAUUUGGAAUGACAAGUAGCUUUGCAGGAUAUAUAAACAAGCGAGGUCUUUGGAACUUUUUCAGAUACUUAUAGAAUACCUUUAAGUGAAUAAUUGUGUCAGAAAGAACUGAUCCAUUUGAAAAGGUAUGAAAAUAGAACUUUAUGGUAGUUUGCCUUUACAUUAUCAAAACUACCCUGAUGCCAUGGAAACUCGAAGGGCAUGCAUUUUAAGGUUAUAUCCAAGUUAUGAGAAAAAUAAACGAGAGGUACCACUUUUA